CUGUGUGCGGAGGCAGGCAGCAGCUCUGACCUGAAGUCUUAUCUCGCAGACAUUGUCUUGUAAACAAAUAUCAACACUUAUCUUUGGUAAACAUUUUCCAGGGACGUCAACAAGGCGAGAAGACGUGGUAAAAAACCUCACAUCAGGGCGUGUCGCGAGUUUAUAAGCGCGAGGGCCGAGCCCGUGCUCAACACUGUGUGUGUUUGUGGAAGAAGCAAAGACUGCUGACUGGAUUCACGCCUCGACUGUUUUUGUAAACUGGAGUCCGUUUAARCACCAGCGAAGAGCGGUGUUGUCCUGGAUGAGUGAAGCCAUCCAGUGUCUGACGGUUUUGUGAGAGGGAGAGGCAGGCAUGGCCCACCGUGUGCUCGACCACCAGGGCCGUCUGCCCAUGGCCCAGACCACCGUGCUGACCCUGCCACCGUCCAGGCAAACAAAGGAGCUGAGGCCCAGAUUGACAGCCCUGGAGUCUCUGCUGUGUGGUGCRUUUGCUGGCGCCGUGGCCAAAACGGUCAUCGCACCUCUGGACCGGACCAAGAUCAUUUUUCAAGUGUCCUCACAAAGGUUUUCAGCAAAGGAGGCCUUCAGGUUCAUCUACUGUAGCUACAUGAAGGAUGGGCUGCUCAGUCUGUGGAGGGGGAACUCUGCCACCAUGGUGCGGGUCAUGCCCUACGCUGCCAUCCAGUUUUGUUCACAUGAACAGUACAAAAAACUGCUGGGGGGCCACUACGGCUUCCAGGGCAAAGCUCUGCCUCCUUUCCCUCGUUUCCUGGCGGGUUCUCUGGCCGGUACGACUGCUGCCAUGCUAACCUACCCACUGGACAUGGUGCGAGCCAGAAUGGCCGUCACUGCCAGAGAAAUGUACAGUAAUAUCAUGCACGUUUUUGUGCGCAUCUCCCAGGAGGAAGGCAUACGGGCCCUUUACAACGGCUUCUCCCCAACCAUCCUGGGUGUCAUCCCGUAUGCAGGGAUCACAUUUUUCACUUAUGAGACCCUCAAAAAGUUACAUGCAGAAAAAACAAAGCGAUCUCAGCCUUAUCCCUACGAGCGCCUGGCAUUCGGCGCCUGCGCGGGCCUGAUCGGACAGUCGGCYUCGUACCCGCUGGACGUGGUGCGGCGGCGCAUGCAGACAGCUGGCGUGACGGGCUCGUCCUACCGCACGAUUCUGGGGACGAUGUGCGAGAUCGUGCGACAGGAAGGAGUCAGACGUGGACUGUACAAAGGCCUGAGCAUGAACUGGGUGAAAGGGCCCGUYGCAGUGGGGAUUAGCUUCACCACGUUUGACGUCACGCACGGCCUGCUGCUCAGGCUGCAUCAGACGGGCUACUUCAUUCACUGAAUCACGCGGGAGCUGGAGAGCUGGCAACAGAGAGGUGGGAAAGAGUUCCCAGAAUGAAGUCCGUCUCAGUGGGGGGUGRCCGGUCCCUGCUCCACGCUGGACCGUCCUGCGGUACGCUCCUUUAUCCUUCAGAUUGGACGAUGAAUGGACACGAGAUCUGUUUUGCAUAAAGACGUUACAUCAAACUUUGCAAAAGGCAAAUCAUUCGCAAUCAGAGAACAUGAGGAUACAAAAAGAUGGAGAUUAAAAAUAGUUUGGAAAAUCAUCYAGAUGAUAGAUGACAGAAGGACAGACAGCUUUGUUAUUGAUGUGCUGAUCAGUGUUCUAACGCUUGCACUUUAUCACAUAUUUUCAUAACAGAAUCCUGUAUCAACACAGUGACUUUAAUGAUUUUGUUUGUUCGUUUUAAAAAUAAAUGUACUUUAACAGUUGUGUUUUUAA